ACUCGUCUUUUUCUUCGCUUUUAUGUAAAAAGCCGCUCCAACGGGCUCUGUAGCAUCUGUAUUCAGAUCUGCCGGCGCUUUGUGUCCGUGUGCAGUCGUGGCAGGCUGUGAUCCGUCUGCAGUCCAUGCUGUUUAAUACAUAACACAACACGCAGCAUCACGUGUGCGCGGCAGCUGUCGGGACAACACCGUGCCCUGUUGGGUUUAUGCAACUUUAUGCAAUGGUUUCAGUCUCGUGCAGCAUAAACACACAAAGAUCCACUACACUCUUUAGCAAUGCUUCGCAUCACCUCUGCCACCCUGUACACCUGCUCACAGAGGGUGAGGCUGCUCCUACCUCCUUCAGCCUCCACCUCCACUGAUACCUCUCCCAGCAAAAGAGUGGAAAACCAGCGCACAGUGGACUCCCUUUAUGAUCUUUCAGUGGACAUUCGAAAGGUCCGCAAGUUCAGAGGCUGGGUUCUGUCUGAGUGCUCUGCGUAUGUCUCUGAGACCGCUGACCUGCUGAGAGACAUGGGUGCAGACACAACGGCUAUCGCCCACAUCCUGGAAACUCACCCUGAGGCUAUCCUGUGUCGCCCAGAGGACGUCGCCACGCAGCGAGACCUCUGGUUGUCUGUCUGUCCCAGCAAACGUCAGUUGAUGAACAUCAUUGAAAAGUUCCCAGCCUCCUUUUUUACACUUACUCACCACGGUAACCAGCAGGCCAACAUCCUGUACCUCCAGAACCUUCGCCUUAGCAAGAGGAUCAUUAGCAAGCUGAUGGCCAGUGCCCCGCAGAGCUUCAGUCAGCCUGUGGAGCGCAACCAGGAGGUCAUCCACACGCUGAGGGAGAUCUACCUCGACCUGGGUGGAGAGGAGAGGAACCUACGUGUCUGGCUGCAGAAGCUUCUCAGCCAGAACCCUUACAUUCUGCUGCGACCAGCUGAGGCUUGGAGGGACAGUCUGGGCUUCCUGAGGGAGAAGGGGUUCACCACAGAGGAGCUCCUCAGCCUGGUCUCCAGCCUCAGAGCCUCCAUCGCAGAGCUGAAGCCUGAGGACAUGCAACGGGCGAUGGACUACAUCGAAGCGGCUCUCUGCUGCUCUAAAGACGAACUUAAGCAAGUAGUGAUCCGCUGCCCUGCCGUCUUGUACUACUCCUUGCCCACCUUAUUGGGGCGGUUUCAGGGGCUGAUGGAUGCGGGAGUGACGAUGGAUCAGGUGAAGGAAUCUCCAAAUGUACUCGAGCUCACCACGCAGCUCGUGCUGUAUCGUAUCCAGAAACUAGCCUCCUACGGAUACGACAUUCGCUCCGGCAGCCUGGCCGUUAUUGUGGGAACAAAGAAGGACUUUGAGGCGAGUUAUGGCAAGCUGCAGCUCAGGCAGCAGAGGCCGCUCUUCAACCCUGUGGCUCCUCUGAAAUCUGCUGAGGAUUGAGUGUCGGUGCGCACCUUGUUAUGAAAUGUGGUUUACUGCUUCAGCUUUGUGCAAGGAAAAUAAGAAAAGCCAGGCAAAUUAAAAUCCCACAAAAGGCUGAAGACUGUUCAGGAAAUAUGACACUAUCUGUAAAAGUUUCCAGUUUGGGAAGUGCCUGUUGUGUGUGUGAAACAGCUGCUUUUCUUCUCUGAGAGAAGACUUUAACUGCAGCACAGAGUCUGUAUGGUUUUUAAUCCUCAGCUGUAAAAGGCUGAUGCAAGUUUGUGAAUGUAAUAACUCAAGAACGAGGCCAAGUAGGAGCUUCAAAUCGAUACUAUUCAGUGGCCUCAAGGUUAGAGGUCAAAUUUUCUGAAAAUCUUGUGAAUGCAAUAACUUGAGAACAAGGCGAUGUAGGAUUUUGAAAUAGAUAUCACAGGUGUGUCUCCUUUGGAGGAUAUGUGUGAUAGGUGGUGUAGUAGUUAAGUAUGGUGACAGAUUCUUUGCCUUAACAGAAGACCAUUCAUUUUUCUCUGGCCAAACAAAACCAUUUUAUGCAUGAGAAAAUAAAUUAUUUAAAAAGUGUUUUUACUAUUUUGUUGAUUUAUUUAUUUAUUUAUUUUUAUCUUUUUGCUCUUUUGAGGGAAGGCCAAGACUUCUUUUUUUCUUUAAUUGUUCAUUGAUAGUGAAGCACAGGCCGUGGCAUGCAGGCCUACCAGGUACCGCUGGUACCAUUUGACAACCAGUGGAAAAAGAAAGGGAGGGUGGGACAUGGAAGUGAGGAUAAAAGGUUGUAUGCUUGUUUGGAAAAUCAAGCAUUUUCAUUGUGGCUGUAAGGGGAGUGGUCAGGAUGUGGUCCACCUUGUGAUAUUUGGAUAAAUUACCUCCAAGAUUAAAACAGCAUUAGAUGGACAUUGAAGCCAACAUCAGAUGGUCUUUAACCUGCCAGCUCACUAAUACAAAGUCCACAGUGGUUGCACUGAUAUGCACCAGUGUGAGUGUAGAGAAAGUGGUAGUCCAGUGUAUUCACCUCUCCUGCUGUGAGACUACACUUAUGCCCUAUGCAGUGUCUGGGCCGCAGGUUCAGUAGGUCAGACUUUUACUGGCUACCAAAUAAAGCCACAUAUAAAUCUAAUACUGUACCUGUAGUGAGAACAUUGACAAAGUACACUCACUGGCCACUUUAUUGGGUACACCAAACAAACAAACAAAACCCCCCAAAAACCCAACAGCAGCCAACAUGUCUUAAUACUCUUUAUCAAUUAUGGAUCCCCAACCUCCUCUUAUAACAACUAUGCACGGUGCUGAGUCUGCAUAAUAAAUGGUUUGAAAAACGUUAAUAUAAUAAUGUAAAACAGCUCUAUUACCGGGUUGCUUUGUGUACAGGUCUAUGAAGUGGCAGGGGGAUUUUUCCAUUGUCUGUACUGAAUAAUGCUACUUUAAUUGCUCUACGUGGUCGAGACUGAAAUGUUGUGCCUGUUUGUCAUCUUCUGCUUCGCCGCAAAUAGUUAUUUAACUUGUUUAAUGACUGAGCCUCAGGUUUGAUAACUAAAGGCAUCACACUAAAGCCGGUGGAAUAUAUUAAGAUCUCUAAAAUUAUUCUUAGACACUACAAUAGGUCAUCCAGCCAAUUGCGUUGCUUUUGAAGGUACCAUUGUAAUGUGUAUCAACUUGAAUGAAAACCUACAAAUCUAGAAAGGGCUGAUUACAUUUGGAAACUGCAAAUUUUUCUCAAAGAUUGAACUCUGACUUUUGAGUUACAAAGAAAAGACUGAAACUAUUUGUAUAUUUGAAGCUGUUUUAAUUAAACAAGCACAUUGAGAAGGAACAAGAAGCAAGUGAAGCAUUUCUCUCCAGUGGUACAUUUAUUAGGGAGUAUAUGGGUGGUGGGGUGGCACACCAGGAAUAUGCAGGCUCUGUAGUCCUCUCACCUUUUCUCAAUAAACACAGACGAGGGCAAUAACAUGAUGGUUUGUGUCAUAUAGAAGUUUGAAGGAAUAAAACGAGUCCACUAGUACUGAAACACAGAAAGGAUUUUUGCUGAUAUUUACACUCAAUGGGCUCAAUGUGGAAAAACUUUAAAAACUCGGGUGCAUUAGCAGACAUUUCUGACCAUUUAUGUUUUAAUGGAAGGUCUAAAAAUGCAUUUCUUUUUAUUGAAAAUUUCCCCAAAAGAACGAUCAAUCCACAAUGAAUUCUCAUAUCAAAAAUAUAUCAACGGGUCUAUGGCUACACAAAGAGAGAAAACACACAUACAAUAUCCAAAUAUGUACACGUUGUAUGUGAGCUGCUUUUAGCAAAUUCAUUAUAUACACAAAGACUUUAGUCUCGGCAUUAUUAACCCAAACAGGAGCACAGUGUAACAUCACUGGCUGGCCCACACUGUAAUAAUAUUCAGUCCGAUUAAGUUGAGAAACAUGUUUUGUGACAGGUGGGGAUGCCCGUCCUGAAGGUGUGUUCGUGCAUUGUAGUGCUGUAAGAAAUAUUUGAGUCUAUUUUAGCGUCCGUUUAGUUUUGGCUGUGUUCUCGAUAUGAUUGAAACACCUGCAACAGAAGAAAGAACAAUAAGUGGCAUGUUCAGACAGUUCUGAAAAUACAUUUAACUCCUUCAGUGCUGACUUUUUCAGCGCACUGAAAAACAUUCCAACAUUACAUCUUAAGGAAAACAAAACAUUGAGAAUCUGACCUACAACUUUUCCUGUCACAUGACCUGAGGUGAGUGAGGGUAAUCUGCUGAAAUUAGGUGCUUUGAGACCAUACAAAUAUUUACUGCAUUACAGGAACUCUGAGUGAAGUAGGUGUACUGUUACUGGUCCAGAUGUGUGUCUGCUGUUUGAUCAACGAAUGAACGGAACACUGGGAAUCCGGCAUUUAAAGAACAUAAACACUGAUAAAAAAAAAAUCAGCCAUGUCAACAAACACUCAACUAUCUUCCUCUCAUCUGAACUCACAAUCACAAUGGUUGCAGCUGUUUCAGUUAAAUCCACAGCAAAGCAAAACAUAAAAUAAAGAGGCUGAAACAUGACUACAAGGAAAUGAAAGCAACAUGAGGUGGUGCUGCAUUUAAACCUCUGGCUGGCAAUUACAUCACUUCAGAGUUCCUCUUAACAGUGGUUAGUAAACUGCUAUUAAUUACUGACUUAAAAUUUGUGUAUCUCAUUGUGUGGAUAUUGUGGAUUAUAAAGGCAGGAACGGCUGAUAAAAACACUGAAAAGGUUUGGCUCAUGCCUGCCUUGUUCAGAUGGUUUCUACUGGCAGAAGCAGUGAAAACAAGGACUGACAGUCAGUACGUUUCACCGUAUUAUUAAAAACAAGGAAUAAAAUUCCUAUUUCUGACCCACCUCUCUGAAUGCUGCUCACUAAAGUACAUCUUGUAUGUGUUUUAUAUAAUAAUAAUAAUAAUAAUAAUAAUAAUGUGUGAGACUGCAACUGACCUCUUUAGUGGAUGCUCUGUCUCUGGACUUUGGAACUUUUGCUAUUCCCAGAGUCCUCACUGUGUCGUUUGCCACUGGUCUGAGUGGUGGGGUGGUGUUCAGGCCCUAAAAAAACAUAAGAGCACAUUUCAAUAAACCAUGAAACUAUAAAUUUCGACUAAAUACAAAAACAUGGCUUAAAAUGAAAACACUCUUUUAGGGGUGGCGUGCAGUGAUGGUCAAACACAGGACUGGGACUCAAGUUUUUCAACCAGUUAAGAAAGAUUAAUAAAAGAAAUCAUCAUCAAUCAGUGAAAUGUUUCACUCGCACCUUUUUGAAUUACAGGACCAGGAUUCUGCUGCGUGCCUUGAGUGUAACACAUCAUACUGGUACUGGCAGCGUAACCUGGAACUUCAAUUAAGAUUCAAGGAUUAGCAGCGAAACACUGAAGAAGAUGCAUGAAAGGAUGCAGUUAAUGCAUGAAGCACAUAAAGUACGCAAAACUCGUUCCACUUGGGGACCGGUUUCAUAUUGUCCAAUCAACUGGAAUCCUUUUUUGUUUUUUU